AUGUCCGUUUUCCUCGUUUUCACUAUCUUUUGUUUGUUGUACUUCGCAGUGCUUGGGGUAGAAAUAGAUGAUUGUAAGCCCACCAGAUGCAUGAAACAUGGGCCAACUAUUCGUUUCCCUUUCAGAGACAAAAAUCGAAGCCCUCAACACUGCGGGUAUCCAGGUUUUGAUGUGCUUUGCAAUGAGAGCAAGGAGACGGUGCUUGAACUGCCUUUCUCUGUACAAGUUGCUGUAAAGAAGAUCAACUACGUUCUUCAGCAAGUUGACCUUUAUGAUCCUGAAAAAUGUCUUGUGAAAAAGCUACCUCAUCUGAAUUUAUCCACAUCCCCAUUACAGUUCUUGAGUACAGAAAAAUGGGAUUUUAUCCUUGUUAAUUGUUCUGACGCUUCACGAAGAGGUUUAUUUUACUCGUUUCCUUGUCUUGGUGAUUCCAGUUCUCAUUUUCUUGCCAUUACCGAGUCUGAGUGGGAUAAUGUUGGUUCACUUGAUUUGACUUCCUGUACGAGGUUACAUAAAGUUUAUGUUCCAUACAAUGUAAGAAAUGAGAAAUAUCUCCAUCUGAGGUGGUCUGAACCAGCAUGCAGUGGCUGUGAAGCGAAAGGAAAGUGGUGCAGGUUAUCAAGUAAGUCAACAAGCGGCGGACAUCAAAUACAGUGUGUCCACAAACCUAACACGACUAGAGCAUCGAUGGGGCCAAUGGUUGGAGGUGCAGCCUUAGGUUCAUGUCUCUUUGUGACAAUCCUCGCAUCCCUUGUCCUUCUUUACAUCUCAUUUAGAUCAGAAAGACAGAAUCACAUCAAGAUUGAGAAGUUUCUAGAAGAUUACAGAGCCCUCAAGCCCACUAGAUUCUCCUACUCAGACAUCACAAGAAUCACUCGUAAGUUCAGCGAGAAACUCGGCGAAGGAGGCUACGGAAUUGUUUACAAGGGCAGACUGUCUAACCGAAUAGACGUAGCCGUCAAAUUACUCCACAACUCGAAGGGCAACGGUGAAGAGUUUGUGAAUGAAGUCAGCACCAUUGGCAGAAUACACCAUGUCAACAUUGUCCGUCUCCUCGGGUUCUGUGCCGAGGGAUCCAAACGGGCCCUUGUCUAUGAAUUCCUACCAAACGACUCCUUAGAAAAGUUCAUCUUUCGGUCUGCGAAAACAUCCCUCGGCUGGAGGAAUCUGCGGGACAUCACCCUCGGCAUAGCCAGAGGAAUCAAGUAUCUCCACGAGGGGUGUGACCAGCAAAUCCUGCAUUUCGACAUAAAGCCACACAACAUAUUGUUGGACCGAAACUUCGGGCCGAAGAUAUGCGAUUUCGGGCUUGCGAAGCUCUGCUCGAAAGAACAAAGUGGUGUGACGAUGACGAUUGCUCGGGGGACUAUGGGCUACAUUGCCCCGGAGGUUCUCUCGAGGACUUUUGGGAGGGCUUCGUAUAAGUCCGAUGUGUACAGUUUCGGGAUGAUGGUGCUCGAGAUGGUUGGUGGGAGGAAGAAUGUGGACCCGAACGUGAAAACGAGCCAGGUGUUUUUUCCUCAGUGGGUUUAUAAUCGUCUGGAUUCGGAGUUUGGGGAGGAUUUUUGGGCUCGAGUGGAGGAUGGGGAAAAUGGGAGUAUAGCAAAGAGACUCACUAUUGUGGGGCUGUGGUGCAUACAGUGGAGUCCGAACGAUCGUCCGUCUAUGAAAGAGGUUGUUGUGAUGUUAGAGGGAAGUGAAGAGAGUCUCGUUAUUCCUCCAAACCCAUUUGCAGCUACCGAUGGUACAAGCUCUGUAGCGGGAAUAAUACAGGGAAGGCAUCGUCAUCAUCAGAUAGAGUUGCCUUCCAUACAAGAAUCGGAGUAUUUUAGUGCUUAA